AACACUUCACCUCUCCGUACCACCACCACAAUCCGUCACCUGUUUCACUGCUCUCGUGCGCCAGCGACGACGCCAUCUCGUACCACGCCGCCGCCCUCCGCCCGCGCCCGCCCCGGCAGAGUGAGUCGGCCUGCGGAUCCUGCCAACUUCACCUCACGCGAGCCAAGUCAUUCGCCGUGCCUCGUCCACGGAACAAAGACCGGCCAUCUGUUCGUCUGCCACGCCCGACCUCUCUUCCCAACUCGCACUCUGCCACCACCGCACCUCCCACUCGACCGCGACCUGUCUGUAAUCACAGCUUACGCCAAGAUUACCGCCACGCUGGCUCCCCUCUUAUUCUUACCACAUCGUAAACGAUCCCCCGACAACACCGCCAAACUGUCGUCCACACUCCUCCAGUCGCGAGGCGGAAUCACCUUCGCCGAGGGUGUCAACACGUCUCCGCCCACCUGCGUGCAGUCUGCCACACGCAAAAUGAGCACCAAUACCAAGGAUAAGGACCAGCGGAGGCGGCGGAGGAGUAGCAGUCUGAUGUACCAGGAGCCUCCCGAGAGCCUCGAGCAGCAAUCAGACCAAGCGAUACUCCCGAAUUUGAAUGCACAGUGGGUGAACGCGAAAGGCGCAUGGAUGAUUCACAUCAUCCUCAUACUCCUCCUCAAGAUCGUCUACGAUAUCGUGCCGUCCAUCACCCAAGAAACGUCAUGGACGAUGGUCAACAUAACGUACAUGGCCGGCUCAUACCUCAUGUUCCACUACGUGCGAGGCAUCCCUUUCGAGUUUAAUGCCGGAGCAUACGACAACCUCAACAUGUGGGAGCAAAUUGACAACGAAGAUCAAUACACGCCGGCGAAGAAAUUUCUGCUGGCCAUGCCGAUCGGGUUGUUCCUAAUCAGCACGCACUACACACAUUACGACCUAGCAUACUUUAUGAUCAACUUUUUGGCGACGCUAGCAGUUGUGGUACCCAAGUUACCGGCAUUCCACCGCAUGCGACUCGCCGUCUUCAACUCACCUCCCGCACCUACAGAAGGAGACAGAUGAUAUCAAAAGAGCCGGGAUGUUACCGGACUAUGGCGUUGUAAUAUUGGGGAAAAUGAUUACACCACAGCGGGAUUAUUGUACUCAUAAGUCAGAAGAUGGAUCUGACGUGGACGCUUCAGCGACCUUUGCGCUCCUUUGAGAUACCAUACCUCUGCCCGAGCAGUAGAGGGGCAAAGAUUGUACUAUUGCCAAUGAAGCCACAGCGGCACAUUGCGGAAUCUUCAUUCAGGAAACACUUCGUCUUGGAUAAAUCCUAUCUCGUGAGUAUUGCUUCUCAAGUUUGGUGCUGACUACAGACUAGCCUAUUCUCACACUACAGCUAUGCCUCCUUCUUCGAAGCCUCAAACUGCGCCCGAAGCUCUUCGUACACAGGCUUGAUCUUGCCCUCCAACGCAUCCUCCAGGUACUUCUCGAACGACGUAAACUCCAAAUCCGGAUACAACUCCUUACUAGUCACAUAUCCCAAAUACUUCGCAUAUUCCGGCGUAUUAUCCCCUCGGAUCCCCCACGAUCGCAUAUACUGCGCUGGAACUUUGACAAAAAGUGCGUUCGGACCUUCGCCCGGACUCUCGAUUCGUGCCAGCAGAUCCUUCUCCGAAAGAUACGUCCUGUCGAUUUUCUCGCCAAGUCUCUUCUCCACGAGAUCGUACACGGCAUUCUGGCUCCAGAGUUCGUUGUAGACAAAAACCCAUUUGUUCACUGUCCGUUCAUCCUGGAC